AUGGCUAAACCAAGCAAGACGCGCCAGGUGGAGGGAGAUGAUGACCCUAAAGAGCAAAUGAAGACAAAGACACAUUCCUUGCCAGAAGAGCUACGACCAUCAUUAUCGAGAACCGACAGCGCGUACAGUGAGCUGAAACGAGGAGAGGAUGGCUACUCAAGCCAAGGCCGUCUUCAUGAGAGAGAGGAUGAGGAGGAUGAGGAGGAUGUCGCCUUGCAAAGAGGAGCCGAUCGCGAUACAGAUGACGCAGACGACGAACGACGGGAGUCAGUCUUCACUUUUGCUUCGAUAUCAUCCCUCCCAGAGUCGGCCUACGAAAUGGAUCCUGCGAAUGAGAAAGGAGUCAUGCAUAAGCCAUACACGCCUAUGACGAUUCGACCCUCAUUUCGGAGGCCAGAGUCGGUGAGGAGAAUGCAAAUGUCGUCGCCUACGCCUUCAGAACGGAGCCUGCGGCGAUCUCUACUCUCAUCUCAACGCGUACGCACUCCCAACUCGGGAAAAUCAAGUGUCAAAGGCAGUCCGAGGCGGCCAAAGUGGGCUCACGAAAAGGAGGAGGAAGAGAAGAAAGAAUAUCCUCUUGUGCUGCUUCAUAUGACGCUCUUGCCGAUUGAAUUGCGUUGGAGUAAGGAGACUAUGGAAGAGUUGUUGUCAGGAGACACGCUGGAGAGUCUGCAGCUUCUCCAAUCAAGACUCUCGUCAACGAUUCUUCAACGUGGCAUUCUUAUUCCACACCCCAAGGACGAAUACGAACUUCUGGAAGAAAGGCUGCUCGAAGCACUUGAACUGAAAACAGAGCGAGUCACAAAGUGCGGCCAUUUUCGCGCCCGAGAAUCUUCGAGCUCUGCAUCUUCUGAAGACUCCGGUGUGGGAUCUAGCGUGGAGGAUGUGGACGAUGGCACUUCAUGCAGGACAUGCCAUCGCCAUCUCAGUGCUGUUAGUACCGCCGUGGGAGGUGGCAGAAAAUGGAGCAUCAAGGUCUUUGCAGCGAACGGACUGAUGAGAGCCUCCGCGUGGACUGCCGCGUGGUCGGAGAUGGAGAGUGUUGAUAUUGAAAUUAUGCCGUGGAUCGAUGAGGAUGUGCGAAAGUCCUUGGACGCCAGAACGCUGAAGGAGGAAGUUGAAGAGAAUGCAAGACAAGAGGAGGAGAUGCGAAGAAUAGCAACAACAGCAGAAGAGCAAUUUCGUGUCGAAAGUGUACGAGAGGCCAAAAUGUGGGACGAACAGGCAUGCAGAGACGGGCGAGAGCAACAGGAGGACUUCAAAAAACCAACUGAUCACAAGAUGUCCAUAUCGAAGGAGAACACCGUCGAAGAGGACCUGCAUCCAGUUUCGAGAAAAGCCGACGACUUGCCUCCAGUGUAUCCGCGCAAGGACAUACCACUCUCGCUACUUCUCCGGAACUACAUCUUUCUUCUGGCCCAGGACAAGCGAAACGUCCUUAUUUUCGGUCUCACGUUGCUGACUCUAUUCUUCGGUCUACGAGCUUCUCUCGGACCGGUCACGACGAGUCUUCCUCUACCACCUCCUAUAUAUGAGCACAUCGACGCACCCCUUCCCACGCUCCAACAUACCUCCAAACCUAGCUUUUCGAGUCCGGCGCAGCCUGCACUCCCUGCUUUCGUAGCAAGCUCGGCCAUAGAGCAGGUUGAGUCAAUCUUCGAACGCACAACUGCCGCCGUCGAAACUUCAACCACCUCAAGCUUCAGUGCCAUGUUGCCAAGUAUUACCGAAGAUGCAGUGUUUGCGUCGUCAGAGAGUGUAGUAGAAGAAGCUUCGAAUGAAGCGAGCGCCACUGAAAGCGCAGCGUCGACAUCAGCGGCACGUAUAGCAGAGGAAGAAACUCCAAGCGAAGCGAGCAGUACUGAAAGCGUAGCGUCAACAUUACCAAAAAAUGCGGGAGAGGAAGAUACCCCAAAAGAAGCGAUUGCCACUGAAGGCCCAGAAGUGUCGACAUCGUCAGAAAGUGUAGUAGAGAAAGAUAUUCGCAAAGAAGCGAUCGCUACUGAAAGCCCAGCAGCGUCGAUAUCGCCAGAAAGUGUAUUAGAGGAAGGAAUUCCCAAAGAAGCGAUCGCUAUUGAAAGCGUAGCAUCGACAUCAGCGGACGGUCUUGAAGUGGAAGAAACGGCAAAAGAAGCGAUCACUAUUGAAAGCGUAGCAUCGACAUCAGCGGACAGUCUGGAAGAGGAAGAUAUUCGCAAAGAAGCGAUCGCCACUGAGAGCGUAGCGUCGACAUCACCGGACAGUCUGGGAGAGGAAGAAACUCCCAAAGAAGCGAUCACUACUAAGAGCCCAGCAGUGUCGACAUCGUCAGAAAGUGUAGUAGAGGAAGAAACUCCCAAAGAAGCGAUCGCUAUUGAAAGCGUAGCAUCGACAUCCCCAGAAAGUCAGGUCGAUGAAGAUACGCCAAACGAAUCACCGGAAAGUCCGGUCGAAGAAGAAGAAGAAGAAGAAGAACCACUCACAAUUCCAACAAUUCCAAAUCCCGCUUCAAUCAUUUCUACUGCCGAGUACACAGAGCAGCAGCAAUGUCUCAAUACGGCAUCACCACGACAUAUCCUUCUAGAGGAGGACGCACAACAACGACAACAACAAUGACCGACCCUGAAUUGAAUUGAAUUGCCCCAGUUUGCUCUAGCGAAAGGGUGACAGGUGACAGGCUAGGUCGUGUAGUUAGUUAGUAUGAUAGAUAG